AUGGCAGCACUUUUGGCUGUUGGUCGUCCGUUGCUGAUUUUUGACGACCGCCCUGGCGAUGGUGGUGUGGGAACGGCGGCCUUAGUGGAGGUUGGUCGUGUGUGGCCGUGGACGGCCAGUGCUGUGAGCGUGGCAGCGGCGGUGGCCGUGGCGGUGGCGACGGAACCCCCCAGUGUCCCCAGGAGAGACUGUGGCCCCUCACCCACCUCUGCCCUACAGCGGCCACACGACAGUGGACAUGGAGAGAGUGGAGCAGGGAAGACCGUGGCAGCCAAAUACAUCAUGGGCUACAUCUCCAAGGUCUCCGGCGGGGGCCAGAAGGUCCAGCACGUGAAGGAUAUCAUCCUGCAGUCCAACCCACUGCUAGAGGCCUUCGGCAAUGCCAAGACCGUGCGCAACAACAAUUCCAGCCGCUUUGGCAAGUACUUUGAGAUCCAGUUCAGCCGCGGCGGGGAGCCAGAUGGGGGCAAGAUCUCCAACUUCCUGCUAGAGAAAUCCCGUGUGGUCAUGCAGAACGAAAACGAGAGGAACUUCCACAUCUAUUACCAGCUGCUGGAAGGAGCCUCCCAGGAGCAGCGGCAGAACCUGGGGCUCAUGACCCCCGAGUACUAUUACUACCUCCAGUCGGACACCUACAAGGUGGAUGGCACCGAUGACCGGAGUGACUUCAGUGAGACUCUGAAUGCCAUGCAGGUCAUUGGGAUCCCACCCAACGUCCAGCAGCUGGUCCUACAGCUUGUGGCCGGGAUCUUGCACUUGGGAAACAUCAGCUUCUGUGAAGACGGGAAUUACGCCCGGGUGGAGAGUGUGGACCUGCUGGCCUUUCCCGCCUACCUGCUGGGCAUCGACAGCGGGCGGCUGCAGGAGAAGCUGACCAGCCGCAAGAUGGACAGCCGCUGGGGCGGGCGCAGCGAGUCCAUCGAUGUGACCCUCAACGUGGAGCAGGCGGCCUACACCCGCGACGCCCUGGCCAAGGGGCUCUACGCCCGGCUCUUCGACUUUCUCGUGGAGGCCAUCAACCGUGCUAUGCAGAAGCCCCAGGAGGAAUACAGUAUUGGUGUGCUUGACAUCUAUGGCUUCGAGAUCUUCCAGGGAGUGAGGCAGUGGGCACCACAGCACUUCAACAGCUGGAGCCUGGCUUUCAUCAUCCACCACUAUUGCUGGGUCUCCUACGAUGUUAACGGCUUCUGCGAGAGGAACCGGGACGUCCUGUUCUCUGACCUCAUAGAGCUGAUGCAGACCAGUGAGCAGGCCUUCCUCCGCAUGCUGUUUCCUGAGAAGCUGGAUGUAGACAAGAAGGGCCGCCCCAGCACCGCCGGCUCCAAGAUCAAGAAACAAGCCAAUGACCUGGUGGCCACGCUAAAAAGAUGUACACCCCACUACAUCCGCUGCAUCAAGCCCAACGAGACCAAGAAGCCCCGCGACUGGGAGGAGAGCAGGGUCAAGCACCAGGUGGAGUACCUGGGCCUGAAGGAGAACAUCAGAGUACGCCGGGCUGGCUUUGCCUACCGUCGCCAAUUCUCCAAAUUCCUGCAGAGGUACGCCAUCCUGACCCCGGAGACGUGGCCACAGUGGCGUGGGGAUGAACGUCAGGGGGUCCAGCACCUGCUUCGAGCAGUCAACAUGGAUCCAGACCAGUACCAGAUGGGGAGCACCAAGGUCUUUGUCAAGAACCCCGAGUCGCUCUUCCUUCUGGAGGAGAUGCGAGAGCGGAAGUUCGAUGGCUUUGCCCGCACCAUCCAGAAGGCCUGGCGACGCCAUGUGGCAGUCCGGAAGUACGAAGAGAUGCGGGAGGAAGCGUCCAACAUCCUGCUGAACAAGAAGGAGCGGAGACGGAACAGCAUCAACCGGAACUUCGUCGGGGACUACCUGGGGCUAGAGGAGAGGCCGGAGCUGCGUCAGUUCCUGGGCAAGAGGGAACGCGUGGACUUCGCUGACUCGGUCACCAAGUACGACCGCCGCUUCAAGGCUGGCAUCCCCGCCAGAGGUACACCCUCACCCGGCCCAGAUACACCCGUCCUGAGACUACAGUUCCGAGUGAAGAAGGAGGGCUGGGGCGGAGGUGGCACCCGCAGUGUCACUUUCUCCCGCGGCUCCGGCGACGUGGCUGUGCUCAAGGCUAGCGGCCGGUCCCUCACGGUCUGCGUGGGUGACGGGCUGCCCAAAAGCUCCAAGCCUACACGGAAGGGAAUGGCCCAGGGAAGACCUCGAAGGGCAGCCCAGGCCCCCACCCGGGCAGCCCCUGGGCCUCCCAGAGGCCUGGACCGCAAUGGGGUGCCCCCCUUGGCCAGAAGGGGGGACCUGCCCCUAGAGAUCCCAUCUGGAGGGGGCUUCCAGCAGCCUCCCCGGGGCCCUCCGUCGUCAGCCCUGAGGGCCAGCAGACGCCCCCGGGCACGGCCCCCCUCGGAGCACAACACAGAAUUCCUUAACGUGCCUGACCAGGGUGUGGCAGGCAUGCAGAGGAAGCGCAGUGUGGGGCAGCGACCUGUGCCGGGCGUGGGCCGACCCAAGCCCCAGCCUCGGACGCAUGGCCCACGGUGCCGGGCCCUGUACCAGUACGUGGGCCAAGACGUGGACGAGCUGAGCUUCAACGUGAACGAGGUCAUCGAGAUCCUCAUGGAAGAUUCCUCCGGCUGGUGGAAAGGCCGGCUGCAUGGCCAGGAGGGUCUCUUCCCAGGAAACUACGUGGAGAAGAUCUGAGAGACGGCCCCGGAUUCUGCCUCCUGCCUGACUGCCUGCCAGGCCCUGCCGGCAGGGGCCUCAUUUUCCUUGGCCGCAUUGGCCAGAAGGUCCAGUCCUGUGGCGUCCAGCCCGGCCCAGGCUCUGGGUCACCAUUGGGGCUGGGGUUCACCCCUGCAGUCACCGCAGGGCCCUGGCCUCCCCCAGGUCACACGCAUUGCCUCCUGGGUCAAACAGGGCUAACAUCAGAAUCUACCUCCCAGCUGCCUUGUGCAUAUACGUGAGUUGUGUCCCGUGGGCCAAGUGCCAAGCACAGUUGGGGGCACACCUUGACAGGUGAGAUCCGCCCCCCUCUUUCUCUCACCACUGAGGCAAUAAACA